GUUAUGUCAAGAAUAAACUUGAUUAUGUAAUUGAAGAUUUAAAUAAUGAUGAAAAAUAUGAUUCAGAUGUAUCAAUAUCUUCAUUGUCUUCUAACGAUUCUGAGACAACAAGACGUAGAAAAAAAGAAAAGGCU